AUGGGUCUAACAGAAGCAUGUUCCAAAUUCAUAGUUGAGUUUUUACAAGCAUUCAAAAACUCACCACCAAGCUCAAUGCCUCUUCAUAAUCAAGAGAAUAUUCACAAGCUCGACGAAAGGAUGGUUCGAGCUCUUGUAACCGUCUUUGGAAUGGAAACAAAUGGAAGAAUCAAGAAGGAAAAUGCAAGGCAAGUUGUGGAAAAGCUUGGUUUGAUCUAUGGUUGUGACCAGAAGGAUAACAAGGUCUUUCAAGACGAUGAAGACGACGACGACGAAGAAGUGGUUGUGGAAGAAGUGCUUGGUGAAUUGGAAGACAUGUCAUCAAAGAGAAGUGAGUUAUUGCUUGAAGCUUUCAAAAUAUUUGAUGAGGAUGGUGAUGGAUAUAUAGAUGCAAUGGAGCUGAAAAGAGUGCUUGAUUGUUUGGGUUUAGAUAAGGGUUGGGAUAUGAACACAAUUGAAAGGAUGGUUAAGGUUGUGGAUUUGAACUUUGAUGGAAAAGUUGAUUUUGGUGAGUUUGAAUUGAUGAUGGGAUAG